GCUAGGCCAUCCUUGAAGCUAAUGAGGUUCUACUCUAUUUUUUAUAAUGAUUCCUUUGUAUCUGCACGUACACGAGGGGUAUAAAUAUUAUGAUCACGGAAGAAUAAACUGAACAAGUUUGAACUUCCAUUUGGUUGUGUCCUUCUUGUCCCCGUAUAUGUCUUUGUCCCGGCAGGAGGGCUCCCAUGGAUUACUAAGGUUCCUGCGGUCAGGAACCCUAACAGCCGGUAGGUGAGAGUUUAUUAAUUUAAGUGAAUAUCACUCUUAAUUAGUAGAGCAAGCAAAUUAUUCAUUUAUUGGUCAGUUAGUUAUUACGGCAUACUGGGGUUUAAUAUAUUACAGCAUUGGUAAGUACUGACGGGCCCACUGAGACUCAACUAAUACAGCAGAUUGCCUACCCAAGGUGGCACUGGAUCAUCUCAUCGUACAAGUCCUACAAGCAGCAACUGAAAGAGCUAAUUUGACUUCCUCCACACAGAACAGAAAACUGGAUUCUAACAAGUGCCCUGGAGGAGUUAGUGCACGGUUUAUAGACACACCCAUUCCUUUCAGUUUUAGUUGCUCUUCCUGGUUCCAGCGAUGGCGACUGCUAGUGUGAGAUCUGAGCUAACCUGCUCCCUGUGUUGGGAGAUCUACACCGACCCUGUAACCCUGCCCUGUGGCCAUAACUUCUGCCUGCGCUGUAUUGGGAGACAUUGGGACUGGCAGGAGGGGAUAGAGGAGGAUCAUUUCUGCCCUCUAUGCUUGAAAACAUACAAGAGACGCCCAGAACUGAACAGGAACCUGACUCUACGGAACAUAGCAGAGCGAUUCCGUCCUACUGACCCGGAGCAGGAAUGUUAUGGGAUAUUCUGCACUUACUGUGACUCCCCGGUACCUGCGGCUAAAUCCUGCCUGCACUGUGAGGCCUCUCUGUGUGAUUAUCAUGUGAGGGAGCACAGCCGGGCAGCAGAACAUGUACUUACUGACCCCACCGCUUCCUUUGGGCACAGAAAAUGCUCCGAACACAAGAAAAUCUUGGAGCUUUACUGCCCUGAGGAUGGGGCCUGUAUCUGUGCCUUCUGCCUGGCUGGGGAGCACCGGGGCCACAAUGUGGAGACGCUGAGUGAGGCCUCCGACAAGAAUAAAGAGAAACUGAGGGAAGUUCUAGGGAAACUGUCCCUACAGAGAGAGGAGACUGAGGGGCAAAUGCAGAGGCUGCAGGAGCGCAGGAGGGAAGUGCCGGGCAAAGCAGCCGGAGAGACAGAGAGAGUCACUGCCCUGUUUAGGGGCAUCAGGGAACGGCUGGAAGCCCUAGAGAAGCAGCUCCUGAGGGACAUCUCUGAGGAACAAGGGAGGGUUUCCUUCCAACUUCAUGGUCUGAUCCAGCAGCUGGUUAUAAAUAAGGAUGAGCUGUCCAGGAAGAUCCGUCACAUUGAGGAGCUGUGCAACAUGGCAGAUCCACUCACUGUCCUACAGGCACGGGCACCUGAAUUUCAUGGGGCUGAAGGGGCAGAUAAUGAGGGCAGAGAGGGACAUAAUAUAAAUGUCCUGGCUGUAGGGAAUUGGGACAUGGAUGGAGUCUUAGAUACAUCAAUCACAGACUUAGAUGAUAUAGUGAAAGUAGUGGAGGAGAAAGUACAUAACUCGCAGGUUUCAAAGAUGAGUAGAAAAUUAAGAUUGCUAGGAGAUGAAUUGGGUGUACGUUUUGAGGUGCAUGUUCGGGAGAGGUUGAGGCCCGUGAACUGGCUCCCACUUAAAGUUUUAGGACCCCUGGUAUAGCACAAAGGCACAUUGGUGGUUGUUGCAUUUUCAGCAUUGUAAUAUACUGUACAUCACAAUAACACACAGUCAUACAA